AUGGCCAAAAAAACCAUAGAAGAUUUGGAAAGGGAAGCAAUAGAAUCCGUUCCGUACUUGGGAAGUGAUGAGGAUGCGUCAAAUAUGAAGAAUGCUGCGUCGGUUUCUGCAACGCUUAACGGCACACAUGUGGCGCAAGCAGAAGUCAAGCCUUGGGUUCAUUUUGUGGCUGGCGGUGUUGGAGGAAUGGCGGGUGCUAUCGUAACCUGCCCUUUUGAUGUGGUUAAGACACGUUUGCAAAGUGAUGUUUUUCAAGCGAUUUAUAGAACAGGCAAUAAUACAUCUCAUGCAUCAAAGAAUUUCGUCGCUAAUGGAGCAAGACACUUUAGAGAAACUUUUGGUAUAAUAUCGAGCGUAUAUCGUCAAGAAGGCUUCCGAAGUCUUUUCAAAGGUCUAGGUCCGAAUCUCGUCGGGGUCAUUCCCGCAAGAAGCAUCAACUUCUUCACUUAUGGAACCACCAAACAAUUAUACUCUCAGCAUUUUAAUAAUGGUGAGGAAGCGCCAUGGAUUCAUCUUUUAUCAGCGGCUACUGCAGGCUGGGCAACUUCGACUUUGACGAAUCCCAUAUGGUUGAUCAAAACCAGACUUCAAUUGGACAAGGCGGGUAAGACAAAGCAAUAUAUGAACUCCUGGGGUUGCUUGAAAAGCAUAGUGGCAAAUGAGGGGUUUUUAGGCCUAUACAAGGGAUUAAGUGCAUCCUAUUUAGGCUCAGUGGAAGGAAUUUUGCAGUGGCUACUGUACGAACAAAUGAAGCACGUAAUCAAAAUGCGCUCUAUUGAGAAGUUCGGAAAUAUAAGUGAAGGUCAGAAAAGCACAUCAGAGAAAAUUAAGGAAUGGUGUCAGAGAUCUGGAAGCGCCGGCCUAGCCAAAUUUGUAGCAAGUAUUAUAACCUAUCCACAUGAGGUAGUGAGAACUCGAUUGAGACAGGCACCGGUGGAAAACGGCAAACCUAAAUAUACGGGUUUAAUCCAAUCGUUCAGGCUAAUUAUAAAGGAAGAGGGUCUUGUUUCCAUGUAUGGAGGGCUGACACCACACUUGCUGCGGACUGUCCCAAAUAGCAUAAUUAUGUUUGGAACGUGGGAAUUGGUUAUAAAGCUAUUGUCUGAAAAGUCCUGA